AUUGGUCAAACGCGCAGGUUUUCUCUGUUGUGAUUGGCCAGUGUCGCUGUCCGUUAAGGUUAUGGACCGCGCUGGGACUGAGUGAAAAGGAAGCCACGUUGACACAAAAAGUGGUGUUUUAUGUGUUUUUAUUUUUUUUUUUCAGGCGCCGGGAAGUAACGGUCACGCCAUCAACUUGCAUUUGCCCAUUCAGGGACCUCAACUGCAACAUCUAGGGAAAGGACAGAGAAGCCACAUCAUCCGACACGAUGAGUGUUGGAUUCAUUGGAGCAGGCCAGCUGGCUCAUGCGCUGGUGAAAGGGUUCACAGCUGCAGGUGUGAUUGCUACUCACAGGAUUACAGCCAGCUCCCCAGACACAGACCUGCCGACUGUGUCAGGGCUGAGGAAAUUGGGGGUGAACCUGACAACUAGCAACAAAGAGACUGUCAGUAAGAGUGAUGUGCUCUUCCUGGCUGUGAAACCACACAUCAUCCCCUUCGUUCUGGAUGAGAUUGGGCCUGACAUCGAGGACCGUCAUCUCAUAGUGUCCUGUGCAGCAGGUGUUACCAUCAGCUCCAUAGAGAAGAAGCUGCUUCAGUACCGUCAAACUCCUAAAGUCAUGAGGUGUAUGACAAAUACUCCGGUGGUUGUGAGAGAGGGAGCUACAGUGUAUGCCACUGGUACACAUGCAGAGGUCGAGGACAGCAAGUUACUAGAGCAGCUGAUGGCCAGUGUAGGUUUCUGCACUGAGGUGGAGGAGGACCUCAUCGAUGCCGUCACCGGGUUGAGUGGCAGUGGACCGGCCUACGCAUUCACAGCCCUGGAUGCUCUUGCAGAUGGAGGAGUAAAGAUGGGUCUGCCGAGGAGACUGGCUGUCAGACUUGGUGCUCAGGCCCUAUUGGGAGCAGCUAAGAUGUUGCUGGACUCAGAGCAGCACCCCGGCCAGCUGAAGGACAAUGUGUGCUCACCAGGGGGCGCCACCAUCCACGCCCUGCACGUCCUGGAGAGUGGUGGCUUCCGCAGCCUCCUCAUCAACGCAGUGGAGGCUUCAUGCAUCAGGACACGGGAGCUGCAGUUCCUGGCAGACCAAGAGCGUAUUUCUCCAGCAGCCAUUAAGAAAACCACAUUGGACAAGGUGCUCCAGCAGCCUGGAGUCACAGUCAGCGGAGUGGCUAAUGGGAACGGUAGAUCUGGGCUCAGCCUGUUCAACACUCGCAGCACUGGGAUCAAGAAGAACUGAAUACACAGAGCAGCAGGCAAACACACAAACACAUUACAGGUUUAAGUGUACUAUGUGUGCACAUGUUGACAUACAUACAUCUUAUACUGUUCAGCCAUAGAACUUAAAAAACGGACUCAGCACUGGUCUGAAAUAAUUUCCAAAUUGCGAUGCCAAAUUAUUUAUUAAUACUUGAAGGACAUGCGGACAGUGAACCUGAUGGUGACACCACUACUUUACACACCGUACAGUACAGUUGUAUUCUGGAUGCAUUGCUUACAGUUAUAGCCUUACAUUGUGAUGCAGGAUUACUGUCUACAAAUACACAAAUCCAGAUACACACUGAAGAGCAAAAGUGCAUUUACGAUCUAUUGUCAGUCUGUGUUUGAGCUCUUGACUAUCUGGGGCUGUUGAAUGGUAAUGACCCAGUGGGCCAUCAUGGGAUGCUGGUACACACCAGGCACCAGAUGGCUGCUGGGAUACCAUCAAGCUGUUAAUGUACAACAGUAAGCCAAAGCCUUAAAACCAGUAAGUAAGGUUUUGGAUGACCAAUGUAUGUCUUAAAUGUCUUUCUUCCAAAAAAAAAAAAAAAAAAAAUGAAGCCACAGUGUAAAUCGUCAUGUAUCCUUCUUUACUUUGUGCAAAGAAUUAUCAAUGUUUGGCCAAUGGUAUUACAGUGUUAAAGACAAAAUUUGAAUAACUUUAUUUUUGGUUGUUUUUACUGUCGUAUAUGAAAACUAUUGUCUUCAUGGAUAAAAUACCCUGCUUGGGUGUUACAAAGGGGUUUCUAGCAUAUUAAGAACAUUGUGUCUUUGACCCUCUGACCUAUAACAGUUUUUUUCACACACAUAAAGGUCAUUCCAAGCUUUAAGACAACUCUUAUGUCAACAGUUUCCUCAGAUCCUUCUGUUGCCCUUAUGUUAGGGGUUUUUGUUGCACUUAACGACCUGUUAUCUAGAACCUUAAGAUGUUUUACACUAUGAAGGCACUUUUUGUGUUUUCUCCCAUAAGGGAAUGUGAUGUUUUUACCUGAAAGUGCUAGAAGAAAGCUUAGUUUAUCUAAACGGCUUGUUUAAGAAUAUGUUAAUACAGUUAUAAAAGCAUAACAUCAGCUACCAAUCUGUCCCAGUUGUAUGGUUCUAUAAUGUUACAUGUUAUGCCCUGUUUUGUUUGGCGUAUCGACCAUUGAAUUGGUGCACCAGUCUAAAGGACAAUAUUAAAGAAGCAGAAUGAAAUA